AUGGCCACCCUAACCCCCGACGACUUCUGGGCGACCAUCGCCUCGGCCUGGUCCCAAGUCCGUGGGGGCAAGCACGCAACCUCGGCAAUCUGCACCAAGCGCUCGUACCUCCGUCCCGCAGCUGUACUGGCCAUCAACGCCCUACUCCCCGACAUGCUCAAGGCGCUUGAACGCUCUCUCCGUUCCUACAGCAAAGCCGACCUUCGCGCGUGGGACGAAUACGUCCACGCUGCAGUUGACGAGCUUAACCGCCCUGACGUGCGUGCUGCCCUCGACUCGGCGUCCGACGACUCGUUCAUGUUUGCACGUGCUUGGAUCGUCUGUGCAGGGAGGGAGUACUACGCUUGUGUCGAGGGUAUGCCCGCUGCUUUUGCGGUGCAUUACCAGUGGGCGGACGACAUUUUGUCGACCGCGCAGAGGGCGUGUAGACAACCACGCCAGGGACGGCGUUCGAUGAGCGAGAGCCGCAGGAUACGACACCAAAACGACGAGAUGUAG